AUGUGGUGCGAUAAUUGUUUAUUAAUAUUUCCGUUACGAGCCGGAGCCAUAGCUCUUUCUUUGCUAAUGGCGUUAUAUCAAAUCGGAGGUGGCAUUUUUUUAUUUUUAUAUGGAGAUUUUUACUUUACAAUAUAUCCAGAAGCAUCCCUUUACGGUGGUUACGCAAUGGCACAAGGAGCGGUUAGAGCAGGUGUAAUGACAUGGGAAUUAAACCAUUUUAAAGAUAGGAUUGAAUGGGAAUGUAAUAAUGGAGGAGUGAAAUGGGCGGACGCACAUAAUAAUGAUCCAGAUUUUAAACCUCCUCCUGCCUUAAAAGAUAAUCCAAGAUUACCAAAUGGAUUUUGUAGAGUUGGUGUUGAAUCCGUGGGUACUACUUUUGCUUUCGCUUUUGUAAUUGAUUUUAUAUUAAUGGGUGAAUACGUGUAUCCUCAGUGA